CGAAAUUCCCUUGGGAGAGAAACGACAUCUACUACAGUGGGACAGUGACAUCGCGUAUCGGAAAGGAUCAACGAAAAUCCGGGUACCCAAUUACCCUCCUUUGCGCCAGUUACUACUCGAAGAGUACCACGACGUCCUCUACGCCGGACACUUCGGUAGCAACAAGACGCUGACCGGUAUUGCAAAACACUACUACUGGCCCCACAUGGCAGAAGAUGUUCAGAAGUUCGUCACCUCGUGUGAUACAUGUCAGCGGAUGAAGAGCAGCAAGCAGAAAAAGGCGGGACUACUGCAGCCUCUUCCUUUCCCAGAACAACCAUGGCAAGUGGUUAGCUUGGACUUCAUCACCGGGCUACCACCUACCACCAGUGGUCAUGACGCAAUCCUUGUCGUCAUCGACAAGUUCUCCAAAAUGGGACACUUCAUUCCGACACACACGACCGCACGCACCGAGGAGACAGCACAACUAUUUGUUCGAUACAUCAUCUCACAGCAUGGCAUUCCAACCACACUUAUCUCCGACCGAGACCCCAAGUUCACCAGCAAGUUCUGGAAGGAACUUAUGUCUCUACUCGAGACCAAACUCGCCAUGUCAUCUACUUACCAUCCGCAGACAGGCGGACAGACCGAGCGCCUCAACCAGAUUGUCGAGCAACUCCUCCGAGCAGCCUGCAAGGACGAGAUCUCCAAAUGGGACUUGCAUCUGCCCGUUCUAGAGUUUGCUUACAACAACGCUACACAUGCCGCUACUGGACAGACGCCGUUCUUCCUCUGCUACGGACGCCUCCCACUCACACCACAGAAAUCGACAACAUCUGCUACAGUCCAACCUGCACAUGAUUUCAUCACAACCAUGCAUCGGCUUUGGGAUCGGACCCACAAGCGCCUCCUCGACAUUCAGCAGCAACAAAAGCGCUUGGCCGAUCGCCAUCGCAACGACCACACCAUCACGGUGGGAGAUCAGGUACUUCUUGACACCUGCAACCUGGACAUCAGCCACCUCCCAUCUAAACUUCGACCUCGCUUCUGCGGGCCUUUUCUCGUUGAAGCACAGUGUUAGCCUAGGAUCUUUACUGGAAUGGUAGACUAGUAAGACAGCGGAAGUCUUGUAAAAGUGAACCUGAGUAU